UUGAUUUCUUCUUCGUCUUCUCCAAAUGAAGCUUUCUUUCUCUGCCUUAUGUAAACAAAUUCCAAUGCAUUUUCAGAGAACAAUGAUCAACCGUUUCUAUGGAACAACAUCUACUAAAUAUAAGAAGCGUGAUUGGGUUUUCGCAAGAAUUGCACCUUUAGGCAGCCCAGACAUGUCUAUGGUUCCAGUACUAGAACAAUGGGUUGAAGAAGGGAAAACAGUGGCGAAAGGAGAGCUUCAGUGGAUUAUCAAAAGAUUAAACAGCUAUAAAAGAUACAAACAUGCCCUUGAGGUGUCCCAUUGGAUGACAGACAGAAGAUAUCUCCCCCUCCAAGUUGCUGAUGUUGCAGAACGAAUUAACCUAGUCUAUAAAGUUAAAGGCCUAGAAGAGGUUGAAAAAUACUUCAAUAGCAUUUCGCAGAUACUGAGACGCCCUGAGGUGUAUACCGCUCUUCUCAAUUGCUAUACUAACGAGAAGUCUGUAGGGAAAGCUGAGGCCAUAAUGCAACAACUAAGAGAUAUGGGGUUCGCUAAGGGCACAUUGUGCUACAACCAUAUGAUGAACCUCUAUUGUAAAACAGGAACAUGGGAGAAAAUGGAUAAACUGAUGAAUGAAAUGGAGCAGAAGGGCGUAAAUUUUGAUGAGUUCACGCUCACGAUACGGCUAACUGCAUAUGCCACUGCUGGAGAUUCUGAGGGGAUGGAUAAAAUAUUAGCGAUGAUGGAAUCUGAUAAGCAAAUCAUUUUGCACUGGGAUACUUACAGUAUUGCAGCAGAGUUGUAUUUGAAAGUUGGGCUGGUGGAAAAAGCUCUAGAGUUGCUGAGUAGACUUGACAGCAUGAUUUUGACUCGUAAGAAAAGUAAUGGUGCAUAUAAUGAUUUGUUAAAACUGUAUGCUGAAGCUGGAAAGAAAGAAGAGGUGCACCGAGUGUGGGAUUUGUAUAAGCAGAACAUGAGAAUUCUUAAUAAAGGUUACAUUAGUGUGAUGAGCGCAUUAAUGAAAUUUGGUGAUACAGAAAGAGUUGAGAAGAUCUUUGAGGAAUGGGAAUCGGAAGCUUUGUCCUAUGAUUUCCGUGUUCCAGACGUUUUGAUUCGCAGUUAUUGUAGAAAUGGUCUUCUGGGGAAGGCUAAGGCCCUAAUGGACAAAGGAAUAUCAAAAGGGGGUGUUCCAUGGGUCACCACAUGGUGUCACUUGGCAAAUGGAUACAUACAUGAAGAUCUAGUCCCAGAGGCUGUAGAAGCAUUGAAGAAGGCCAUCUCAAUAUGCCCGCCUAAUUACAAACCUAGCAAGGAGACCUUAGCUACAUGUGUAAAUUACUGGGAAAAGCAGGGAAAUGUGGAUAAUGCAGCGGAUUUUGUAAGGUCUUUAGAACAGGACCAUAUCUUCUCGCCAGUUUUUCGUGACAAGUUGUUGUGCUUUAUUAAGGAAGAAAAACUCCAAACCUGACCGACACAGCUUGUAUGGAAACAACUGAUUUGAGCAACUCUCACAAGGUUAGGCGUUUACAUCUAAAGCUUUUAGUUUGGGAGAAUCUAUAUUAAUGUUAUCUGGGGAACAAAGUUUAAGUUUUUGCGCGUCUCCUACCUCCCUAUCCCUAUCUCCUCAAUGUGAUUUAUAUUGACUGAAUACAUUCAAUAUAUCAUGGUGUUGUUGA